AUGGGGACGCUGCUGCUGCUGCCUCUGGCCACCACCAGAACCUCCCCUCUGGACCGCUCCACCCCGACCGCCACCACUGCCGCCGCCACCACUCCCACUGCUGCCACCACCGCCGCCACCACUCCCACCGCUACCACCACCGCCGCCACCGACGCCUCAACUCCCACCACCACUUCCACCACCACCACCACCACCACCACCACCACCACCACCACCACCGCCACCACCACCGCCUCCACUGCCGCCACCCCCACCACUCUUGCCUCCCUUGCCCUUGCCGCUUGGCACCUUCUCAGUCGCAUCGUCUCAGUGGCAGGUCCCGCCCAAUCUCACCUCAUCGCGAGUGCCAGCGUCGUCAGUCCCAUCCCGGCGGUUCAACUCGGGCCUGAAGCUCGUUGCCAUCGCCACGUCAUCGUCAUCCCACUCUUCCCGUUUCUCGGGCCGCCUUUGGACGCGCCUCAAAAACCCAACUUCCCGUUCCCCGCGCCGACUCCUGUCGCCAUGAUUCGCUACACGCGCCUGUCCGGCCAGUGUGGCCUUGCCGCGGUCGUCGCUGGUGUCGUUGCCAUCAGCUUCCUCGCGACCCACGCCAGCGCCGCUGAAGGUGAUGCUGGCGUGUGGAUGAGUGCUGGCGUGUGGAUGAGUGCUGGCGUGUGGAUGAGUGCUGGCGUGUGGAUGAGUGCUGGCGUGUGGAUGAGUGCUGGCGUGUGGAUGAGUGCUGGCGUGUGGAUGAGUGCUGGCGUGUGGAUGAGUGCUGGCGUGUGGAUGAGUGCUGGCGUGUGGAUGAGUGCUGGCGUGUGGAUGAGUGCUGGCGUGUGGAUGAGUGCUGGCGUGUGGAUGAGUGCUGGCGUGUGGAUGAGUGCUGGCGUGUGGAUGAGUGCUGGCGUGUGGAUGAGUGCUGGCGUGUGGAUGAGUGCUGGCGUGUGGAUGAGUGCUGGCGUGUGGAUGAGUGCUGGCGUGUGGAUGAGUGCUGGCGUGUGGAUGAGUGCUGGCGUGUGGAUGAGUGCUGGCGUGUGGAUGAGUGCUGGCGUGUGGAUGAGUGCUGGCGUGUGGAUGAGUGCUGGCGUGUGGAUGAGUGCUGGCGUGUGGAUGAGUGCUGGCGUGUGGAUGAGUGCUGGCGUGUGGAUGAGUGCUGGCGUGUGGAUGAGUGCUGGCGUGUGGAUGAGUGCUGGCGUGUGGAUGAGUGCUGGCGUGUGGAUGAGUGCUGGCGUGUGGAUGAGUGCUGGCGUGUGGAUGAGUGCUGGCGUGUGGAUGAGUGCUGGCGUUUGGUUCAGCGGCGCACAAUCAUAG